AUGGCAACAAGUAACUCAAAAUAUAACUCUUUGUUCAAAGAACUAGAUUCAGCAAAAAUAUAUGGUUAUGUUAAAUCAUUUAUUUCAAAUCUUCAUAAUCAUCUGAAUACUCUUCGAGCUGAUUCUUUUAAACCAGAACAUCGUGAUGAAUUUCUUGGUCUAUGCUCUCAAUGUCAAAAUUUAAUUAUUCAAACACAUAGUUUUUGUGAUAAAGCUCUACCAUAUCUUGAAUAUGCUCUUACACAAUUUGACUCAUCAGAUUCUGUUAAUGUGAAAAUUCUAGUCGAACAACUUCUUUCUCAAGUCGAUCCAAAACAUAUUCUUGAACAAUGUCAACGAUUGGAAGAUAAGAUUUUGUCAUUUAAUAAUCGAAUUAGUACGGAUGAAUAUUACGAAACAAGUAAUAUCAUGCCAUUUCUUUGCACUGGUUCUGGUACCGCCCGGGCUAUUGUAUCUUUAAUCGGUUUCUUAUUUAUGCCUGUAGUGUUGGAAGUUGAAAUGGCUUCAGAAACAACUGGCGCUUUGAUUACUAAUAAUGCAGUACCAUCGAUGAUUUUACUUUCUGAAGGAUUGACCAACAUAACAGCAGAAAACGAUUUUAAACAAUGUAAAAAGAAGAUUAUUGAAGCAAGUAAAUAUGUUCUUCAAAUGAAAACGGAAUUAUCGAAUAUCAUCGCACUGUAUGAUCAGCUUGAAAUUCAAUUAGAUGUUCAAGAUAUUUAUGAUCUUCAGCCAAUUUAUGAAAAUCUCUUGCAAAAUAUGCGAGAUAUUCAUGAUAUAUGUUCAAAACAUCUUUCUAUUUAA